UUUUUGUAGUUCAUCUCCUGAACCUCAUCAGACUCUGACCAGUUCUUGAAUGACUUUGGACACCCAGAUGUUUCAGAAUGCACACUCUGGAAGCCAAUGGCUUCUCCCACCACUGACAAUUCUGCUGCUGUUUGCUUUUGCAGACAGGCAGAGUGCAGAUCUUCCGAAGGCUGUGGUGAAACUCGACCCCCCAUGGAUCCAGGUGCUCAAGGAAGACAUGGUGACGCUGAUGUGCGAAGGGACCCACAACCCUGGGAACUCUUCUACCCAGUGGUUCCACAAUGGGAGGUCCAUCCGGAGCCAGGUCCAAGCCAGCUACACGUUUAAGGCCACAGCCAAUGACAGUGGAGAAUAUCGGUGCCAAAUGGAGCAGACCCGCCUCAGCGACCCUGUAGAUCUGGGAGUGAUUUCUGACUGGCUGCUGCUCCAGACCCCUCAGCUGGUGUUUCUGGAAGGGGAAACCAUCACGCUAAGGUGCCAUAGCUGGAGGAACAAACUACUGACCAAGAUCUCGUUCUUCCAUAAUGAAAAAUCUGUGAGGUAUCAACACAACCGUAAUAAUUUCUCUAUCCCAAAAGCCAACCACAAUCACAGUGGGGACUACUACUGCAAAGGAAGUCUAGGAAGAUCACUACACAAGUCCAAGCCUAUCACCAUCACUGUUCAAGAUCCAGCAACUACAUCCUCCAUCUCUCUGGUCUGGUACCACGCUGCUUUCUCCCUAGUGAUGUGCCUCCUGUUUGCAGUGGACACGGGCCUAUAUUUCUACGUUCAGAAAAGUCUUCAAGCCCCGGGCGAGUACUGGAGGAAGUCCCUGUCAGUCAGAAAGCACCAGGUUCCUCAAGACAAGUGACAUCCCAUCGUAUGGCAAGACAUCGGUGGCAGCAGCAACUUUACAGCCACAGCUUGGGGCAUCGACAGCCUUCCUUUGAAAGCAACUUACAAGCAGGCCGGAUGUUUGGUUGUUCAAUCACAACUACUGGGAGGCUGAAGAAGGAGGAUUACCAGUUCAAGGCCUGCCUGGGUUAAACAGAGAGAGUGUGUGCAAGUCUAGCCUGGAUAACCCAGGGAGACCCUGGGUUUAGGUGGCUCAUCAAGAAAGAGCACCUGCUACUAACCUCACAAACAAGAUGCCUACUGCCCAUAUGGCCAAAGGAGAGACCAAGGUCCUGAAAGCUGUCCUCUGACCUCCACACACCCACCAUGGCAGGUGCACACAAUAAAUUAAAACGUAAUGUAUAUUUUUAAACAAGAGACAGGGGCAGGCUCAGGGUUGAUGGCAUAACUGUUAUCCAGUACCCAUGAUGCCCUGGGUUUGACCUCCUAUAAUAAAGCAAAAAAAAAAAAAAAAAAAUCAACGUGGGCUAA